AUGACUGUCACUCUGCGUUUCCCAAACGAGCCACAUUUUCGAGUGUUGCUAAAGCACUGCGAGGAGUCACCCCCCGACGGUGUCUUCUUUUAUGAUCCCUCCUGCGGGGUUGAGGCGAAUCACCAACAGUUUCUGCAGGAUGUAUAUACCACGCGACAGGGACUGUUGAACGGGCUGCCCAGGGUCCUCUUCAAUGACCAGGACAUGAUUCAUGAGGAGCGCCCGUUUGUCUGCCUAUUGAACCAGGGAAAUUACGAAUACAUUGUGGCGGCUUUUGCGGUGCUGAUUCUUGGAGGAGCAGUUGUUCCCUUGGCCCCGAGCAUCCUCCCAGAAGAAGCUUCGCACCUAAUGAAACAGUGCCAGUCCGCAGUCCUAAUGGCUGGGUCGAGUGCGUUCGACCAUGCCACUGCGAUUCAGCAAUACGCCGUGAGCCAGCAGCAGGACAUCCACGUCCGAUCGAUUUCUAUCAAUAACCCUCAGCAACCAAUCCUGCCAUUAAUCGAAGAGACCAUGAUUGUCUCAGUCGAGCGGCCCAGUAUACUAGUAUUCACCUCCGGUACAGUAGGACCGCCUAAGGGCGUUGUUCAUGGGCGCCGCCUUCUGGCCUUGCCCUACACUUCGGCGCAAGCCGGGAUCUAUCUUAACUGCAUCUCGCUGUGGACUGUUGGCGCCGUGCGGUUAGUCAAGCAUACGCUAUACGCACGUCGUAUCGAAAUCAUCCGUCCAGACCCUGGCGUGUUAUGGGAACGUCUGCGAAAAGGCGGCGUCGCCUUUCUAGCUGCGGGGAUCCCACUCUGGCAGGGUUUAAUGGAAUAUUUCCAGCAACAUCUUGACCAUCUACCAGCCGCGCAGCGGGAGGAGUAUCUAUGCGGUCUACGGGGCUUAAAUACCGCUAUGGUCACCGGCGGAACACUGUUCCCGUCGAGACUGCGGUUCUGGCGCGACCUGGGGAGGCCGUUACAGUUAUGCUACGGCGCGACAGAGCUGGGGAGGAUAUGUCUUAUCACAAAGAACGGGCUGGGAGUGAAUCGGAAUAAUUACCUUGGACGACCGGCGAAAGGAACGACUAUAAAGCUUUCCGAAGGGGAUCAUGGGGAGCUACUGAUCAAAAGCCCGAACGUAUUCACACACUAUCUGAAUAAUCCUGCCGCUACUAAAGCCGUCUUUACAGACGAUGGGUUCUACCAAACGGGCGAUCUAGUGUCGCGAGAAGAUGAUGACUAUUUCUUCCAUGGCCGGGCCUCAACAGACUUCAUAAAAUACUACGGUUAUCAAAUCCCUAUCCCCGUCCUCGAAAAGCAGCUCAACGAACUCCCAGGAGUAAGGGAAGGUUACAUUCUCGCCAUGCCAGACGAACGCUGUGGAUACCGCGCCGCCGCCCUAAUCCGACUCAUACAGGAUCCCAACGCUGACCCUCAGCCAGCCACGUUUGACCUGCCGCAUCUACGCGAGCAAUUAGCCGACAAGAUGCCCGCAUUUAUGCUGCCCACCGCUUUGCGAUUCUUACAGGAGGAGACCAUCCCACGCUCGAUAUCAGGUAAGAUCCUCCGCCGGGACGCUGUAAGGGAGUUUUUUCCCGUGGGCGAAAAUGGAUGCUGCUCGGAUGCGACGGUACAGAUGUGGCUGGCGCGGCCGUCGGUGUGUCGGAUGAGUGCCAAUCGGGUGUGGGAUUGGGCUGGGGCGCCGAUGUGA